GGCCUGCUGCUGCUGAACUAUAGUUUAUAGUAGCCGCGCGGACGAGUCAGUCGUGUUAAUUAUAGUGUAUAACCUCGUGUGAGUGCAUAUCUCCUGCUGCAUGCGUCUCUGAAAAAACGGAAAAAACUCCCGUAUCAAGAGCAUAAAUCACGAGAAAGAUGAAGUUCUCGGAGGGCGACCAGGUCCUCGCCAAGUUGCCGAGCAGCGACGACUACGAGAAGGCCAAGAUCAUCAAUGUCAGGGGCAGCAAGUACAAAGUUUUGUUCAAGCGAGGAGAGGAGCACACCCUCGGCCAGGCCGACGUCAAGGCUGCAAGGACCUCCAGAAGCCAGACCAGGACCAGGGCACGCGGGGGAAAAAGUCCCUCCAGAAAAUCUCCAGGCAGGAGAUCUCCUGCACGCAAGUCCCCUGCAAGAUCGCCCACACUAGUGAGAAAAUUGCCCGUGCGCAGUGCCAGGCAAGCCAAAAUAUCCAUUGCCAGAUUAGACAUGCCAAAAGAUAACUCUAGCGAUACGGAUAGAACUGAGGGAUCGGAAAGUGUGGCGGAUGACUUUAACGAACAACCUGUUCAGUCUAGAUUAAGAGAGCUUGGACCCAUUACUCGACGCUCCAUUCGCAUCAUGUCGAGCACCUCUAAAGCAGAACACGAACAGAAAUUGUUAAUGCUGAACAGAAGCCCUGACCGAGCAGUAUCCCUUCCGGUAGAAAGAAAAUCUACUUCUGCGCUCGAAGGCAAAGAGCGAGGAUUCUCUGUUCAAAGAGAUGAGGACCUGUUAAAAUCAAACGACUACGUAGAGGAUACAGAUGCAGGAUCUGAUGCUAAGAAUAAAGACAUUGAUUUUCUAAGCAAACCACAAGAGUGGGGCGGUUGGAUUGGAGCACUGUUUCUCCUAGUGCUCUUAACUGCUGGUACUCUUUUACUGCAAUUAGCUUGUUCGAAUGAUCAUUGCAGUACCAAGACUAUUCGCAUUCCAAGAUACAAAGAAUGGAAACUCUUUUUGGAUCUUGAUGCAUUUUUACUGUACACUGGAUUUGUGUUUUUCAUAGCCAUCAUCUCUGUACUACCCAUUGGUAGGCUAGUCGAUGGCCAGCAAACUAAAACUGGAAGACUGCAGUACAGAAUAAAUGGAAUAUGGGCUUUGAUCCUAUCCAUAGCUGCAUUCGGAGGAUGCAUACAUCAAGGCUAUGACAUUGGUGACUUUUUGCUGAAAAAAUCUCUUCCCAUGUCUGUAGUGGGAUUGGGUUAUGGAGCUCUGUUGGCUGUAAUUCUGUAUGCCAAGGGUGGUAGAGCACCUGUAGCUAAUCUCAACAUGUUUGGCUCUACCCACAAUAUCAUCUACGACUUUUGGCAAGGCAGAGAAGUGAAUCCACGUGUAGGACCUUUAGAUAUCAAACUGUUGCUCUUUCGCACCGGUUUGAUAGGAGCGACAAUAAUCAAUUUGGCAGCUAUAGUGAAAAUUGUCAAAGAAGCCGAAUUUUUGGAAUUAAGUAAUCUCAAUCUUGCUGCUCUGAUAGUGGCAUCUUUGCAAAUUGUCUACUUAUUAGACAGCCUCAUUUUUGAGUCUACGUUUGUCACGACUUUUGAAAUAAUGUACGAAGGGACGGGAUACAUGUUGACAGUUGAAUACUUGAUAUAUCCGUAUUUGGCGACCAUUACAACGAGAUAUUUACUAAUUCAUAAAGUUCACCAAUCUGUAUAUCUAUUGAGUUUGUUCGUCGUUAGCUUCUUUGUUGGAUAUGUAAUCUACAGGGCGAGCAAUUCUCAAAAAGAUCAGUUUAGAAAAAAUCCGUUUUCACCUUCUCUAUCACAUUUGGAGACGAUACCAACGAAACGAGGCAAGCGAUUAAUUGUAUCAGGACUUUGGGGACACGUAAGGCAUCCGAACUAUCUUGGGGAUAUCCUGAUGCACUGUUCAAUGGCUUGCUUGAGCUUCGCCACGGACAUUUUGCCUUACGUUCUCGCUCUUCAAGUUACACUGCUACUCAUUUAUCGAGCAUUGAGGGACAAUGCCCGCUGUAAAAAGCGUUAUGGAUACGCUUGGGAACAAUAUUGCUCGCGCGUUAAAUACAUGAUUCUUAAUCGGGUAUUUUAAAUAAUUUUACAGAAAUUUAUACAAAGUGAACGUCGAUGCAUACUUUGAAAUGCAUUUAUAAAUUAUGAAUAUUUUUGGAAAUUGACAGGAUGCUUGACCAAACUUGAGCGUCAAAAAUAAUGAAAACUUGCACAAGAGUUUUCUUUUUAAUGAAAGAUAUUAUAUAUGUAUAUUAAAAGUAUUAUCGAAUAAACGCAAUUCAAAGUGUCUGACGCUCAAGUGAGACCUUCAGCGGCCUUAGUGAAUGAUGAACUUUUUGACGGGUCGAAUUGACUGUGCGAAGACGGACGAGACUUUCGACUUGAAAUAGUAGAAGAAUGAGCUUGUUCGCAUAUCGGAUCUCGUCACGAAAUGUUUAUAAAUACCUGAAGCUAAAAGUUAAGGAUGUUUCUUUUUAAAAAUGUGUAGAUUUUUAAGCAAAGUAUUUGUGCAUGACAUUUUAAUUAUAAA